AUGGAGAAGGCCUUCGACCGAGUAUGGCACGAGGGCCUGAUCCACAAACUGAGACACACUUCAAACUCUCCGAAGAUCGUCCGAAUAAUUAAAUCCUUCCUGAGCAACAGACGUUUCAAGGUCAAGGUACAAGAAGAGCUCUCGCAAGAACACCCAGCCACGGCAGGAGUACCGCAGGGAAGCUGUCUCUCACCGGCGCUCUACUCGCUGUUCACGGAUGAUAUCCCAACCCUCCCCGGGGUCACACUGGCGCUCUACGCUGACGACGCGGCCUACGUAGCUACGUCUUUAGACACAGAGUAUGCCAUCAAGAAAUUACAACGCAAACAAGUAAAUGAAAACCAAGAAGAACCUCAGCUUCGGACGCGACUCCGCCCGGGCACUUACGGGCCUGAGAGAAUAAAGCAACAGUGCAACAGUGCUCGUGGCAGUUUAAGUUCGGAAAGAAGUGGAAUAACACCGAAAUCACCGAAAUCUACGAACCCUAGCACGUAUUACAAGGCCGUAGGCGUCUUCCCCGAGAGCACCCGUGCGGCGGUGGUGCGCCCGCUACCCGCCGCUCGCGCUGUUGCAGGCGCGCGCUACGUGCUGGCGGGCGGCGCGCUGCUGCUGCGCGACGUGCGUGCGAGCGACGCGGGCGCCUACGGCUGCCUGGCGCGCCACGCGCUCUCCGCCACCUCGCGCCGCUCGCCGCCCGCGCGCCUGGCCGUACUGGCCGCGCCCGCGCCCGCCGCGCCGCGCGCCCUGCCGGCGGCGCGCGAGCUGCGUGUGGCGCCGGGCGCGCCCUUCUGCCUGCCGUGCGCCGCGCGCGCGCAGCCGGCGCCGCAGUACGCGUGGUACCGCGAGCGAGCGGGCGGGCUGGCGCUCGUGCCGCCCGACGCGCUGUGGCGCUGGGCGGGCGGCGCGGCGCUGUGCACGGCGCGCGCGGAGCCGCAGCACGCGGGCGCGUGGCUGUGCAAGGCGCACAACGCGCUGGGCGAGGCCACGGUGCGCCUGCGCGUGCUCGUGCUGGAGGACUUCACCGUCAGCGUUGAACCGGCCGUGCUGUGCACGGUGGGUUUGGGUGCUUCGGCCCAUACAUUGGUCCUUCGAGCCGGAUAUCGGGAACCGAGGACAUUUUUUGAGGACAAAGUGGUCACUGGAGACCACCCGCCGUACUCGCAGUGGAUUGCUGCAGAAACCGAAAAAUCUGGAACUUGCAGAAUCGACAAUUGCAGAAAACGGCAUCAUUCACUUCUGCAUCCAGAACAGGAGAGCCAGAGUAGAGCUACCAGUUCAAUAGCAAGAGAACCAGUUGAGAGUGCUAGAAUUACAACUAGUGCUGAACCAAUAGUUUCCUGCUUAUCAACACAAAGAAGCUCUAAUAGCGGACAGGUUUUACUUGCAACAGCAUUAGUAAAAGCCGAGUCUGAAACUGGAGAUCAAAAUAUUAGGGCACUAAUAGAUCAAGGGUCACAAGCAUGUUUCAUAACCGAAUCAGCUGUGAAACGGUUACAGCUCAAGAAGACUGCAGGCUUGGGUCUCACUAACCUCGCGGUCGGUCCGAUCGGAGCCCAGUGCCCGCUCGUGGCGCACCCGCCGGCAGCAGUACAGCGGCGGCUCGCGCAGGUGGCGCCGCCGGGGAGCACGGUGCGCUUCACCUGCAGCUGCAGCGAGCCGGCGGCCGCGCUGCAGUGGGUGCGCGACGGCGCGGCGCUGGCGGGGGCGGCGGGCCCCGCGCUUGUGCUGCGCGGCGUGACGCGGGCGCAGCGCGGCCUGUACCAGUGCGUGGCGCGCCGCGGUCGCCGCGCCGAGCGCGCCGCCGCCGAGCUGCGCCUGGCGGGUGAGCCGCUCCCCCACAGCCGCAGCGAGACGGAGGGUGAUCCGCUCCCCCACAGCCGCAGCACGCCAGCAGGUGAGCCACUCCCCUACAAACGCAGCGAGCCGGCGGAGAACGGCUCCCCCUCAGCCGCAGCACGCCAGCAGUUGCGUUUAUUUUAUGCGCGGACGAACAACAGUGAUGCCAGCAGUCACUGCGUCCGCGCCACUGCAACAGUCCCGCCGAGUGACGCGCCGCUGUCCGCAGACUCGGCGCCGGAGCUGCUGUACACGUUCAUCGAGCAGGCGCUGCGCGGCGGCGGCGGCGUGGCGCUGCGCUGCGUGGCCGCCGGCGCGCCGCCGCCGCGCGUCGCCUGGCUGCUGGACGGCCAGCCGCUGGAGCGCUUCCUGCCGCCGCACAGGUACUCGGUGCGCGAGGAGGCGAGCGCGCCGGGCGAGGUGGCGUCCACGCUCAACGUGUCGGCGGCGGCGCCGGGCGACGGCGGGCGCUACACGUGCCGCGCCAGCAACGCGCUGGGCGCCGCCGAGCACUCCGCGCGCCUCAACAUCUACGGCCCGCCGACGGUGCGCGCGCUGGGCGCGGCGCGCGCGGUGGCGGGAGACAACUUCACGCUGCACUGCCCCUACGCCGGAUAUCCGAUCAGCUCGGUGACGUGGCGGCGGCGCGGCGCGGCGGCGGCGCUGCCGGCCGAGGGCCGCGUGGCGGCGCGCGGCGCCGAGCUACGCCUGGCGCCGGCGCAGGCGCACGACGCGGGCCACUACGCCUGCAGCGUGGCCGCGCCCGCCGGGCCCGUGGCCAGCGCCGAGCUGGAGCUGCUGGUGCGCAACCCGCCCAAGAUCUCGCCCUUCCUGUUCUCGUCUGAGCUGGCGGAGGGCAGCGCGGCGCAGGUGCUGUGCGGCGUGUCGUCGGGCGACCGCCCGCUGUACUUCUCGUGGCUGAAGGACGGCGCGCCGCUGCCGCCCGCCCUGCAGGUGGAGGAGAAGCACCUCAACGACUUCUCGCUGCUGAUGUUCCCGGCGCUGAGCGCGCGCCACAGCGGCGCCUACACGUGCCGCGUGGCCAACCACGCCGCCGCCGCCACCUACACCGCCGCGCUCAGCGUGCGCGUGCCGCCCGCCUGGCGCAGCGAGCCGCGCGACGCCGGCGCGCUGCUGGGCGCGCCGCUGCGCCUGCCGUGCGCCGCCGCCGGCCGGCCGCCGCCGCUCGUCGCCUGGGCGCGCCGCGCCGAGCCCAGCGGCGCCGACGGCCCCGAGCGCUGGGAGCCGCCGGGGCCCCAGUGGGAGGCGGCGGCGGACGGCGCGCUGGUGGCCCGCGCCGCCGCGCGCGCGCAUCGCGGCCUGUACCGCUGCUCGGCCGACAACGGCGUCGGCGCACCGCUCGUCAAGCUCGUCACCGUCGCCGUCCACGAGCCGCCGCACUUCGAGGCGGGCGCCGCGCCGCGCAACGUGUCGAGCGUGCGCGGCGGCGGCGUGGAGCUGGCGUGCGAGGCGCGCGGCGACCCGCCGCUGGCCGUGCACUGGUCACACGGCGGCGCCGCGCUGGCCACGGGCGCUGGGCGCUGGUCGCUGGCGGAGGCGCGGCGCGCGGACGGGCUGCAGUCGCUGCUGCGGCUGCGCAGCGCCGAGCCGCGCGACGCGGGCGCCUACCGCUGCCACGCGCGCAACCCGCACGGCCGCGCCGACGCGCUCUUCGUGCUCACGGUGGAAGAGCCUCCGGAAGCGCCGCGCGCACUGCGCCUGGCGGGCGCCGGCGAGCGCGCCGUGCGCGUGGCGUGGCGCGCGCGCGACGCGCCCGGCGUGCACUACGCCGCGCUGUGCGCGCCGCUGCUCGCGCCCGCGCCCGCGCCCGCGCCGCGUAACCUCUCGCUGGAGCGCACCGCGCCCGGCGCCGACGCCGACGGCUACCGGCUGCUGCGCGCGCGCGUCGACGGGCUGCGGCCGGCCGCCGCCUACGCGCUGCGCGUGCUGGCCGCCAACCGCGUGGGCCGCUCGCCGCCGUCCGACGCGCUGCUGUUCACCACGCUGGAGGAGGCGCCCGCGGCGGCGCCGCGGGACGUGCGCGCGCGCGUCGUGGCGCCCGAGGAGCUGCUCGUGUCGUGGGCGCCGCCGGCGGGCGACUGGGGCGGCGAGCUGCUGGGCUACGCGGUGGCGUGGCGCGAGGUGGAGCGCACCGGCGCCGCGGACGGGCCGCGCGAGGAAGGCGCGACGGGCGGCACGGCCGUGGCGCGCGGGCGCGGCGCGACGCAGCUGACGCUGGGCGGCCUGCACCCAUUCGCGCGCUACUCGCUGUCGGUGCGCGCCUUCAACCGCGCGGGCCCGGGGCCGCCCGCGCCGCCCGUGCUGGCCGCCACGGCGGACGGCGCGCCCGAGGAGCCGCCGCGGGCCGUGCGCUGCGAGGCGGCGGGCGCGCACGGGCUGCGCGUGCGCUGGCUACCGCCGCCGGGCCCGCCGCCGGCGCGCUACGACGUGCUGUUCGCGGCGGAGGCGGCGGGCGCGGGCGAGGCGCGCGCGGCGGGCGGCGAGGCGCUGCUGGGCGGGCUGCGCGCCGCCAGCGAGUACGCGGUGCGCGUGCGCGGGCGCUCGGAGCGCGGCGCGGGGCCGGCGUCGCCGCCGCAGCUGUGCCGCACGGACGACGACGUACCGGGCGCGGUGACGCUGGUGCGCGCGCUGCCGGCGGGCGCGGACGCCGUGCGCGUGAGCUGGGCGGCGCCGGGCGCGCGCGGCGGCCGCCUGCUGCACUACACGCUGAGCGCGCGCGAGCGGGGCGCGGCGGCCGAGCGCAGCGCGCGCGUGCCCGCCGACGACGCGGACGAGGCGUGGCUGGAGCUGCGCGGGCUGCGCGCCGCCGAGCACGAGUUCUGGGUGCGCGCCGCCACCGGCGCCGGCGCGGGCCCGCCCAGCCGCGCCGUGAGCGCCGCGCCGCAGCCGCCGGGCGCCGCGCGCGUGGCCGCCGUGCCGCGCGAGCUGCGGGUAGCGCAGGGCGCGCGCGUGCGCCUGCGCUGCGCCGUGCUGGGCGCGCCGCCCGUGAGCCGCCGCUGGGCGCCGCUGCCGCGCGCGCACACCGUCACCGACAGCGGCGACCUCGUCAUCCACAAGGUGGAGCAGCACGCCAACUACACGUGCACGGCGCGCAACGCGCUGGGCGCCGACUCCGCCACGUACGCGCUGCGCGUGCUGCGCCCGCCCGCGCCGCCCGCGCUGCGCCUGGCGCGCGCCGCCGCGCACGCGCUGCACCUCGCCUGGGACGCGCCCGGCGACGGCGGCGCGCCGCUGCUCGGUUACACGCUGCUGUGGUGGAGCGGCGCGGAUGCGGGCGAGGAGGCGGCGGCGCGGCGCUGGCGCGCUGGCGCCGAGGCGCGCGGGGCGGUGCUGCGCGGCCUGGCGUGCGGUGCGCCCUACCGCGUGGCGCUGCGAGCGCACAACUCGGCGGGCGCGUCGCCACCGUCGCGCCCCCUGCUGCUGCGCACGCGCGGCGACAGGGCGGUGGCGCCGGCGGCCGGCGAGUGCAUCUGGGCCAACGCCACGGCGCUGCGCGUGGCGCUGCUGGCGUGGGGCGGGCGCUGCGCCGUCGAGCGCUUCUCGCUGGCGCUGCGCGAGCCGGGCGGCGCCUGGCGCGAGCUGCGCGCGGCCGGCGGCGGCGCGGAGGCGGGCGGGCUGGCGCCGGGCGCGUGGUACGAGCUGCGCGUGGCGGCGCACGCGCCGGCCGGCGACUCGCUGGCGCUGUUCCGCGCCGCCACGCUCACGGCGGACGGAGAGCGGGUCGGCGAGCCGUCGGAGCUGCCGCUGGAGGAUCGCGCGCCAGUCGACGUGGGCGAAGGCGCGGCGCCGGCGGCGUGGUGGCGCGGCGGCGCGGGCGCGGCCGCGGCGCUGCUCGGCGCGGCGCUGGCGCUGCUGCUGGGCGCCGCCGCGCUGCUGGCGUGCCGCGGGCGGCGCGACGCGCAGGCGCCGAGCGCGCGACCGGCGGAGCGCGCGGCGCCGCGCAAGCCGCCGGCCGCGCACGAGAUCAGCCCGUACGCCACGUUCAGCAUGUCGAGCGCCGACGCGCCGCGCUCGUGCGCGCUGCACGUGCGCGCUCGCUCGCCGCACGCGCUGGGCGCCGCGCCGCCGCGCCCGCAGCUGCUGGCACAACCCAACGACUACGGCAGCGCGCGCGACAGCGACUCGGAGUCGAGCGGCUCGCCGUGCGCCGCGUGCGCCGCCGAGCGGUACCGCGCGCCGCCGGCCGACUCCAGCGCGGAGGACGGCUCGUAUCACCCGCCGCGAGCGCGCGCGCCCCGCCGCGACCACCCCGCCGCCAGCCAUCGGUUCUGAAGACUGCGGGGGCUCGAGUGAGCACGGUUCCCUAGCUGUCGGUGGCACGCCCGCUGCGCGCCGGGCUGGGGCCGGGCUGGCGGUGCGCGGGGGGCGCCGCUGCUGCAGGGACCCCUCGGGACGCUGGCGGG